UCGUGCGCGGCCAUGGCGGUGCUCCUGGAGACCACGGUGGGCGACCUGGUCAUCGACCUGUACACGGAGGAGCGUCCCCGCGCUUGUCUGAAUUUCCUGAAGCUCUGCAAAGUCAAAUACUACAAUUAUUGUCUUAUUUAUAAUGUACAGAGGGAUUUUAUUAUACAAACUGGUGACCCCAUGGGAACUGGUCGUGGAGGGGAAUCCAUAUUUUGUCAGCUGUAUGGUGAUCAAGCCAGAUUUUUUGAGGCAGAAAAGGUGCCGAGAAUCAAGCACAAGAAGAAGGGAACUGUGUCCAUGGUGAACAAUGGCAGUGAUCAGCAUGGAUCACAGUUCCUCAUUACCACAGGGGAAAACCUGGAUUACCUUGAUGGUGUGCAUACAGUAUUUGGAGAAGUGACAGAAGGCAUGGAUGUGUUGAAAUCAAUUAAUGAAACCUUUGUAGAUAAGGAUUUUAUCCCAUAUCAAGAUAUCAGGAUAAAUCAUACAGUAAUUUUAGAUGAUCCCUUUGAUGACCCACCUGGGCUGUGUGUUCCUGAUCGCUCACCAGAACCUACAAAGGAGCAGCUCGAUAGUGGCAGAAUAGGAGCAGAUGAAGAAAUUGAUGACAUGAAAGGACGGACUGCAGAUGAAAUAGAAGAAGUUCAGGCAGAAAAAGAAGCAAAAACUCGUGCAAUUCUUUUGGAAAUGGUGGGAGACUUGCCAGAUGCAGACAUCAAGCCGCCAGAAAAUGUGCUUUUUGUUUGUAAACUGAAUCCUGUGACCACAGGUGAAGACCUGGAGAUAAUAUUUUCACGAUUUGGUCCCAUUAAAAGUUGUGAAGUGAUCCGAGACUGGAAGACUGGUGAAUCUCUUUGUUAUGCUUUCAUUGAGUUUGAAAAGGAGGAAGACUGUGAGAAAGCCUACUUCAAAAUGGACAAUGUGCUGAUAGAUGACAGACGGAUACAUGUGGAUUUUAGCCAGUCUGUUGCAAAGAUUAAAUGGAAGGGAAAAGGUGGGCGGUAUACCAAAGAAGAUUUCAAGGACUAUGAGAAGGACCGUGACAAACCUUCGAAAUUUGCUCUGAAAGAAAAGGUUAAACCAAAGCAAGAUGCCAAGUAUGACCUUGUGCUGGAUGAGGAUGUAGAAGAGUCUCACACAAGUCAGUCACACUUGGCUAAAAAACAGAAAAAGAAAAAGCACCACCACUCUGAAGAUGAAGAUGAUGACAAGAGGACCAAAAAAUCUAAGGACUCUGAGAGGAAGCACGAAGAGCGCUGCAGGGAGAGGACCAAGGGUGAGAAGAGGGACAGGCACCGGAGCCGCAGCCGCUCUCAGGACAGAGAUUACAGCAGGCAAAAAGACAAAUACAGAGAAGACAGCCGAGUGAGAGACUGGGAUAAAAAAACAGACAGAAGCAGAAGUCCUAAGAAAUCAAAAGACAAAGAGAGGUCCAAGUACAGAUGAAGGACAAGGAAAAUAUGGAAGGGAACUAAAAUAAUAAAUUCAACUUUUUUCUUUUGUG